GAGAUAUCAUUUCAGUGGCGCAGUGACCAAAGAGCGUAUUGAAAUAAACCAGCGCAAACCGGUUCCUGCAGACUGCACGGAGACUGCGUCAACGAUGGAGAGCAAGAAGAGAAAGGGUAUCUUGGAUCGACUCAAUGCUGGGGAGGUGGUUGUAGGAGAUGGAGGUUAUGUGAUGCAGCUAGAGCGCCGUGGCUAUGUGAAGGCUGGACACUGGACACCUGAGGCAGCUGUUGAACAUCCUGAAGCAGUGCGGCAGCUGCACAGAGAGUUCCUGAGAGCCGGAGCCGAUGUGAUCCAGACGUUCACCUUCUACUGCAGUGAGGAUAAACUGGAGAUCAGCGGCAAUGUCACCAGCAUCACCGGGGCUCAGAUCAAUGAGGCCGCUUGUGACCUGGCCAGGGAGGUAGCCAAUGAGGGGGAUGCAUUGGUCGCUGGGUGUGUAUCCAAGACUCCCUGUUAUGUGGAGAGUCACAGUGAGACUGAAGUCAAGGCCAUCUUCAAGAAACAGAUGGACGACUUCCUCAAGAAGGACAUUGAUUUCUUUAUCGUGGAGUUUGUUGAUCAUGUGGAAGAAGCGGUGUGGGCAGUGGAGGUGAUGAAGAGCAGCAGUAAACCAGUGGGGGCAACACUGUGCAUCUCCCCCCAAGGAGACAUGCACGGAGUCCCACCUGGAGAGUGUGCUGUCCGGCUGGUCAGAGCCGGAGCUGACAUGGUUGGAAUAAACUGCCACUUGGACCCUCUGACAUGCCUUCGUACAGUGAAGUUGAUGAAAGCAGGACUGGAGGAAGCUGGUCUCAAAGCUCAUCUGAUGAUCCAGCCUCUGGGCUUCCACACACCUGAGUGCAACUUAGGUGGAUACACCAGCCUACCUGAGUUCCCCUUCGCGAUGGAGACCAGGUCGAUGACCCGCUGGGACGUCCAUCAAUAUGCAAGAGAGGCUUACGAUGCUGGGAUCCGCUACAUCGGUGGCUGCUGUGGAUUUGAGCCCUACCACAUCAGAGCGAUAGCAGAAGAGGUGUCUGCAGAGAGAGGAUUCCUCCCACCGGCUUCAGAGAAGCACGGACUCUGGGGAGCUGCCCUGGCGAUGCACACUAAACCCUGGGUCAGAGCCCGGGCUCAUCGGGAGUACUGGGAACACCUUCUGCCCGCUUCUGGACGUCCCAAAUGCCCUUCCAUGGCCACAGCAGCUGAUGAUUAUGAAAAACAGCUGGAAUCUAACAAACCAAUAUAAUCUCUUAUAGACACUAUGUCUGAUCAGAUUAUCUACUUUAAAUAGAAAUCAAGAAUGAGAGUUAAUGAACUGAUCCAACACCCAGUUGUUUACAGAGACUUGUGAUUAGCUUUGUACUCAAAAGGCCUUUUCAUUGUUUCACUGCAUCGUUUAGUCGGUCAGUGCUCUCCACCUUUCAUAACUUGGGCUCAGUCACCAGUGAAUACACUUUUUCUGCUUCCAGGAACUGUAUAAACGAUCCAUUCAACAAAUACAUUUUACACAGUUUGCCUUUUUAGUUAAUAAAGAUAAUAAUUGUAAAACAUCUUCAUAGAUUUAUCGGUUGUUGAUUGAUUGUUUUAAUCUGCGGUGAAAUAUGUUCACUAAAUAAAUGUUUGUUAAAUGCUA